GAUUGUGAUCAUCGCUGCUCUUUUGCACGACACUGUCGAGGACACGAACACGACUUUCGAAGAAAUAGAGAAUGAAUUUGGCACUGAGGCGGAAAUAAAUAGUUAAUCGUGCGAGCAACGAUGGAUUCUUUUACAAAUUUUGUAGAUCUUUUCGUUGAAGCUGUAGAGCAGCGGAAUUCUGUGCAGUUGACAGAUAUUUUACAAAAUAGUAAAAAAUAUUUUCAAAAUAUAGCGAAAGAUGAUAGCGAAUUGGCACUAUCUCAAUUGUUCGAUCCAAAGAAAGGCUUGCUCUAUUAUAUUAAUAUUGAGCUUAGAAGACCGAAACCCCAAAAAAAUUUUGAUAGCUCAAUAAAAGAAGCAUUUCAUCUGCUUGGGUUUAUCAUGGAACAGUUUACGGAUAUAUUUGAACCAUAUAUAAUUAAUUCCAAGAAUACAUGCCAAUUAGCGCUCGCAACGCAAAGUUCCGGAUACAUUCAAAAAGCUGCCUGCGGCGUUUUUAAUACUUUGAUUAAACUUUUUAAAGACUUCGAUAUGGAGUUGAAUGAAACAGUAGAAAAAUUUAUAUCUAUAUUUUAUUGUGUCGACAUCAAAGAAAGAGCUUUGUUAUUUUCCGUGCUUGGAACUAUUUCAAAAUAUUCCCCGCAUAAUAUAGAAGGGAAUCAAUACACAAAGAUCUUUGUGCAAUUGAUAAAUGAUUUCAGAGCACAGUACGAUCCAACAAAUGUGUCCUCUCUCAUUGAUGUAUUUGCACUUUAUUUCGAAGUUCUCUCUGACAUACUAGAGAAUGUUUCGAGCGAAGUGACGAAGGAACAUUACACGGAGCUAUACGAAUGGCUUAAAGUAUUCUGUCGUCCUGAGAUAUAUUCAUAUAAAAAAAUGUCAAUGAAAUCAGCAGCCAAUUUGUUAUCCACGCAUAUGCAGCUGUUCAGAGAAUUCGUUUACCGCGAUUAUGAGUACUGGUACGAUCUAUUGAAACGAUUGUCUGAAUACAAAAAUGUUGAAUAUAGCAAAUACGGACAGCACGCUUUGAGAGUCUUCUAUAGAAUGAUCGGAAGCACUUUAAAGAAUAAAACUUCGCAAGAUGAUAAAACGAUAUUUUUGUAUUUUAAGCAAUUGUUCGAAGAACAGAUAAGAAGCAAUCAUGUAAAUUCAAAUCCGCAAUGUUUCAUAUUGUACGGAUAUAGUCAAAUAGCUGCACCAUGUAAAAGAUACCUCAGUGACGAGGAUGUGGAAAACAUGUUCUCUCUUAUAACUAAUUGUGCCAUGCCACUCUUCUCAAGUGAUGAUGUAGGAAAGGCAUACUUAGAAAGCAUAUGCAAUUACCAAGAAGCUCUCUCAGAAAUAAUCUUACAUAUGUCAGCCCUUACUAUUGACCAAAUCAACGUGAUCACGAAGCUAAGCGUUCUUUUGAUUAAAAGAUUUCCCGACUUUCCUAUAACCAGCCGAGAUCUUGCUGUGACAUCGUUUAUAAACACGAUCAUUCACGUUGGCUCAAUCAGUAAAGAUCUUUUAGAAGAAUUCCUUUACAACACAAUUCACGUUGGAAUAAUAUGGACUUGUUCGCAUACUUUGCUUGUGGAUGCCGAAUUACAACGAGCGAUGAACCACAUGAAGCGCCCAAUAUGUUACAAGGAUUAUUUACCCCUAUGGUUAGAACUGUUAAAUGUAAAUAGAUACGGGCGGCACGGGAAUAUUGCGCAGGACGUAAUUGAUAUGACUAUGCACGUGGCCAUUGCCUUAAUGGAGAAAUUGAAUCUGGACACGAAAACGAAAGAGGACAGCGUCUUUUCAGACGCAGCCUACUCUCAGGUAGCUGAGAACGUAGCCGACUUUCGAAUAUUCGUCAAUAUGGUAGAUCUGUACUUUGACAUAAUCCAGAAAUUGGAACCUCUGUUAUUAAAAAAUACAGUGAACAAAUUUUUAUCGAAAGUUAUAAUUACGUCAUAUAGGCAUCAUUUGGUAUCGGGAUUUUAUAAACUAGUACGUGCUAUGUACAAACAUAUUUCGAACUUGAACAAAGACGACAUCGAAACAGAAACGUUAGAAAUGUUGCAUAAAUAUUUAAUGAACGCAUUGGACUUGAUCCCUACGUUUUCUAAUGAAUUGUUGACCACUUCUCUGUUAUUAAUCUUAGAGGUGCCCACUAUGUACGUAGAACGCAUUCUGGACGACACGAUUCCAGUAUUUAAAAUCGCAUUUACUGUCGGUAUUAGUGAUUUCGAAUUAGCUUGCGUGGCUCUGGAUGCGUUAGAGAAGUGGAAAAACGCCUUAGACAAUCAACGCACUAUUACUUUUCUACAAGAAAUAUUGCCAUUCCUGGAGCCGUAUUUACAUAGCGAAGAAAGUUCCACAGAGUUUCUACAAGAUAUUAUAAAGGCGGAGCGGAAAGUUAUUAAAAAAAUAGUUUCGAAAGAUGAUAAUACUUUACAAAAGUUUCAAGGCAGAGUUUUGCUAUUUAUCGCCUCGCUCGAUUCCGAUAUAACAAUGAAUUACAUUUACAAGAGAUCUAUGGACACGGGAGUUACUUGGGACAAGAAAGACUUGCUCGAAUACUCGCUAAAAUUGGGUGAUACCGAAGUCGACAUUUAUUUCGACAAAAUCUUGCCAAGGGUGCUUUUGUUGGCUCAAAGUUCCAGCGACAGGCGAACGAAAAUAAUCGCUUGCGAAGUACUACAUUCCAUAUUGGCAUUCGUCCUUGGAAAAACUGCACGACAUUUAGUGAGUAACCCGAAUCGAUACGUUCCCAUCUACGUGAUGUUGUGCCCAGCCCUGUUAAAGUUAGGCUGUGACUAUGACGAGACAGCGAGGAAAAUGUUUCAACCGUUGAUGCUUCAAUUAACGCACUGGUUAAGCUCCAAGUUUAUGCUCCAUUCUCCAGCUACCACACAUUUCGUUGACUCGCUCUUCCAAGGCUUAUGCAACGAUUCCAAUACAUCCCUCAGAGAAUUCUGCGGGUUGUGCUUAGCCGAGUUUACCAAAUGGUCCAUAAAACAAUCCAACAAUGGGAAAAACAUCGAGGAAGUUGUACGUAAAAUGACCAAUUUCACGCUUCAUCCAUCCGCUUCUAAGCGUAUAGCAGCCGCCACGGCUUUCAAUCAUCUCUAUACUAUCCUACGCGAAGACGAGAAGAUCGUAUCCACGUACUGGUUGGAAAUCUUAUACAACUUCGUAAAAAGUUUGGACGGUUGCAACGACCCGUCAAUCAUCGUCGCACUCGGACAUGUUGAGAAGGUUUUAAUAGUUAAGAAAAAUCUGUUGAACGCGACGCACGGAAGUCGUAGGAAACCCGUCGAAUUCGAAGACUCGACUUUGCUCGAUGCUGUAAACUGGCUGCUCACUCAAUGCGGUUGCUUGGACCAGUGUCGUCGAGCGAAAUGCGUGGAACUGGUUGUCAAACUUUCUGAGCAUGUGGCAAAUUUUGGUUCGCUUAAAGCGAUUAUAACGAAUUAUAUAGAGACUCGAGGAAUUGACGCGUUCAAUAAUAUAAUAUCGAAUGGUCUCCAGCGGAAAAAGGAGAACUUAUCGCAUAAAGGUCUGCUACCACUUUUGAGAAGCUUGGACUGUUACAUUUGGUUGAUAAAAGAUGAAUUGUUAGAUGUUCAAUCCUUAUUUGGAAAUUCGAAUCAGAAAGAAUUAAUCUUUAAUUGCGCGAGCAAUUUCAUCUGCGUGGCGAACAGAAUAAAGAUUGAGCAGAAAGAUCGUGAUUUUAUGAUGUUCACGAAGGAACUCGAGGAUCUGCAGACAUUACAAUGUAAAACGAUACUGGCUCUGUUUCAGUUCAUACAAACGUUGAUAAACUCUGGCUUUCAGGACAAUUACUUUCCAGAUGUAUUUUUCAGUAAAGAUCUAAACGAGUUGAUCGCGAAAUGCAUAAUGUGCCCGCAUAUAAUAGGAUUUGAUUCGAAGAACGUUGAAGUUGCCGAAGCAACUCCUGCAAUCGUGGGGAACAUGCUACAAUCGGUAGCUCAGAAAAGUGCUAGCUCUGUAUUAUACCGAAUCAAAUCUGAACUGUCUGUAUAUGUGAACAAACACCUAACGGAUUUCAUUGAUUUGGAUAAAAUUGUCCAUAAAUCAAACUGUAGUAGUGGACUUAAUCACUACGUUCAAGGUUUAAUCUUCUUGGAACGUCAUGGCAUUCUCGAUCAACUAGAUAAUAUAAAAGGAUUGAUUCUUCAAUCAGAAGAUCUAGUUAGACGUAUGUUCAAGAUUCUAACAACAGAAUGGGCGAAAGAGCUCAUCGGCACAAACAUAAAACCGCCGGUGAAAGACUAUUUGAAGCUUAUAAUGGAAUUUCUGCUUAUGCGUUAUCAGCCUUCGAUGACGAAAACAUUAAUCAAUUUAGUCAAAGAUAAUACAAUCCUUGUUACGGAUUACGGAAAUAUCGGUCAUGGUGUACAUUUCCUGGAUACUUUCAAAAACGAGAUAUUUAGAUAUAUGUUAAAGGAUAUAGAGAAAACUAUGGAAACGCUUAAUGACAUGUCGAGAGAAGAUCCUGCCCUCUUCUUAACAAUAAUGGAAAAAUUGUUUAUGUUCGUACAACGACACAAGAAACAGCUGCCUGAUACAGAAUUGUUGACGGACACGGUUAUUAAAAACUUUACGCUGUUCGAAAAUGCUGUGAGCAAUUUUUCCUAUAGAAAGGAUAAACUGAUACGCAUUUUCGGGAUUGCAAUUCACCUGAAGAAGGAACCGACGGAGACGUCUCUGAAUGAAGAUCUUUAUGAAUGGAUUCUCAGAGAAUUGAUCGAAAAUUCAGAUUUAGAAUACAAAAUUGAUAUCCUUCAGAAUUUUCUCAUGUGUCUGGCAUCUAAAGAGACCAAGGAAUUCGUCGUUAUUUUGCGUGGCUUGAGAAACGACAGACUAGAUGUAUGUCCAAAGGAUUUUUCUGACAAGAACGCAAAAGGCUUAAAAGUAAUCAAUUGCUUUCAGAAAUUGGUAACAUUGGUACCAAUCACCAAAUCCAGUGCAGUAUUCGAGUCUGUAAUAUCGUUUGCUGCUGGAAUUGCUGAACAUGUAUGUACCGAAAAAACGGAUGAAUGUAUAAAGAAGUACUUCGCUUCGAUCACCAUUGACCAUGCAGUAAAAUCUAUGAAUAUAGCAUAUAAAUUAUUUAUAAAGUCGAACACACCAGUGAAAGAAAGGUUCGAAGUGUUACAUCGUUUUCUUCUACCAUUGUUCGAAUUUUGCAAGGACGCAGUGAUACACCGAUUCUUCGAGAAAAAUAUCAAAGAAAUACACACGAUUAUUCUCCAAAGCGUUCUUGGGAAUACCUCGGACACGACUCAGCUUCUGGUAUCGAAAAUAGGAUGCUACGAUCUUAUAGGAAUCAUGUUUGCAAAAGUACACAUAAACGACAUAGACAACGUCGAGAGCAUAAUCACGCAGAACGCUAUGGGCGAAGUGUCCACUGGAAGAGAACUCUUGCAGAGUUUGUAUAGCAAUGCGUUGAACGUGCGCGCAUUAAAAACUCCCGUUCAUGAACUCAAAGAAAUGAUGAGACUACUGCAUUGCUCUGCAUACAAUUGCUCUAUAGCUAUUCUGUCUUCUUUCAAAAGGGACGAGGACUCUUACGUGAUCAUCUUCGCCGAGAACUCCAAGAAGGAACAACUGAUUUGGGAGAACAUUAUAGACUGUCAGAAGACAUAUAAUUUCGAACAGACGAUGAAAGAGUAUCCGAAGUAUCGUAAAAGGCUGAUCAACAUAAGGAAGAGCAUAAGAGAUAGGCAGAUCUCCGAUCAUUACUCGUAUAUUUACAGCUACGACUUAUCCACGAGCACGUUAACCGAGGAUAUGAAUGCUUACGAUUUUAAUGAAGCGGUUAUUCACAGCAAACCUAUCCGCACGAAUAAAGAAGAAUGUAUGAGUUUGACUUUCGAAGAGGACGAGUUGAACAAUCACGAGUGUAUGGCUUCUAUCUGCGGUGUUUUGAGUCAUAUGAUAUCUAAAGAAAUAUCUACGAUUCCUACCGACGAGCACGUCACGAUGCCGAAAUGGUUAAACUGUUUCCAGAAUUCAAUUCUGUUGGCAAAGUACGAUAACAUACGAUUGUUCAUGUUGAAAAUUAUCUUGAACAUGCAGACCGUGUUUCAACCGUAUGGGAAAUUCUUGUUCAAACCUAUAGUAAACGCGAUGUGCCAUUAUUUGAAAAAAAAUCAGUUGAAUUAUAUCAUCGUUGACGUUCUAGAGAUGUUAAUGGACUGGCACAGUAAAUUCACGCCGACGUCGAUCAAAUUCGUGUUCGAUGAGGAUGGAGCCUUGUUCCAAUUGUUAUGGGAAAAGAUCAUUGAGAAGACGAUGGUGGGAAAGACCGCAGAAAUCUCAAAGGCAAUUUAUGAAUAUAAUAUGAAUUUGGUGAAAACGAUACUCGAGCUGUGGCAUCCUUAUUUGAAGUUACCUCAGAUUUUGAACGAUAAGAUGACGAACGUGCCCGAAGCUGCAGUCUUCUUGAUAUUAAUCUGUCUCGUGAAUAAUAUGAAAGACGAGAUCCUUAAUAGACCUGAUAUAUUAGAAUUUCUGGAGAAGCAGUUAGAAAAAUGGAAAAAGAACGAGGCAACGGUUUUACAAUGCUGCGAGUGUUUCGGUUUGAUUUUGAAACAUGCGGGCAAUGACACUGGCUUGACGGAGAGGAAGGACGCUAUAAUCGACAAAAUUCGAAAUAUAUUGAAGCAGAUGCAAAAGAACCUCUCGAACAGGCUAGUGAAUUGUAUUUACGCAUUGUGUAAAAAUUAUCCACCUGCGGCAAUGACGUAUUUCGUCUUCGUCGACGCGAGUAUGCCCAAGGUGGACUUUCAGGGAAAGUCGAAUUGUUUGGAAAUAUUUCUGUUGUGCGUACCGAACUUCACCGUGGAUCGAUUAUUGAAGGAAUUGGUUUACACGCAGUUUCAAGAUUUAUUAAAGAAGCGAACCUCGCCUUGCGAGAAAGUGUCAUUAAAAAUUAUCAAUUCUCUGGUCUCUAUUCUACCUGCCGCGAACAUUUUAUCGCUAUCAGCUCUGGCAGUGUCUUACGCGAAACACAAACUCUCUGAAUACAGAGACAUUGCUUAUGAUAUAUUCAUAAGUAUUUAUAAGAAGUACGUAACAGACGAUACCGGGGCUAACGAAGUCAAAGAAUUGAUGUGCACGAGUAGAGAAAUAUUAAUAAACGCAAUGUUAGAUCCCACCGAAUCCUUACAAAACAAAGUAUGCAACUUCUGGACGCAAGACGCGCAAUUAACAAACACCUGCAAAAAGAGAUUACUGGAAACUUUGAACAUGUACACUUCCAAGGUCGGAAACAACUUCUUGCCUUUCGUACUUUUACUAAUCUUUGAUCUUACCAAGGUAUCCAGGGAUUAUACAAAAAAGAUGUUCGAGCCUUUACAGGACUGUAACUACGUGGACUACAAAAUUGAGGGUUGCUGGAGAACAAAGAACCUGGGAUCAAAAGCUCCUCUUUUCGUGCCAUCGUUGACUAGUCAAACGAAUCAGAUGUUCACGCAAACCAGCGCUACGUCGUCGAAUACGUACUCGACGUCUAUGUAUAAUCUGAGCUCCGAGUUAUUCAUUCGAGCGACUCAGGAGCUCGAGUUUGAACCGACGUACGCUGAUGAGAGUUCAAUGAUGGAAAUCGAUAGUGAAGAAGAGAACACGUUUAAAAUGCCAAGAGUGCCAGAGCCUGCGUACAAUAAAAAGUCGAAGCGAUUCUUAAGCAGUUCGACCAACAUUUCUGCGGCUAUGCGGCAGAAUCAGAUUCAGAUGAACGUCCAGCAUGCAACGAUGAUAAAGGAGGAAGCAACACGACAGAGGAACACCGUAAAAUUGUACAGGAAGUAUAGGAUCGGUGAUUUCCCGGAUAUCGAAAUAUCUCACGCCGAUCUACUCCAGACGUUGCAACAAUUAGCGAAAAACGAUCAAACAAUUUGUAAGGAUAUAAUAGUAUCCAUCGUCUAUUCUUUGAUCGAAAGCUCAGGACGCGACGACUUCACGGAAAAGCUUGGGGACAGCGUAAGACGCAUUAUAGAGGACGAGCAAGGGAAUAAUUCCGCUAUGUCUGCGGUCUUCGAAAUCUUAUUGAAUCCUCGUAUAACGAAUUGCUCGCUGGAGGCCAUUGGAAAAGUUUCUAAAUCGAACGGUUUAAAUUUUCAUGGGUCGCUUAUUUUAGAAGAGAGCAUAAUUUAUGAACCGGAUGCUCCCGCAUGCUCGAGAAAGAAAAUGCGGAACGAAGCUUCCACAGAUUCGUCUUCCGCAUGGUUGCAAUUAACUAAUCUUUACAAGUCGAUGAACGAUGUCGACAUGGUUCUCAGCAUUUUCCAGAAUCAUAUGAAAAACGAAGAUAUGCAGACAGCAUCGUUCGCGCAAGUUUCCAACAAUUGGAAGGAAGCGAAAGUCGCAUACGAAAAAGCAUACGAGACAAACUCGCAAUUUGAAAAAGAACACUGUCUACAAGGUCUAUUCGAUUCUUUAAGUAAUAUGUGUAAGUGGGAUCAAAUUGACAAACGCAUAAAAAGUAGGCUGAACGAAAAUUCCGAUAACAUUUGGAACCAUCCAUGGAAAGAUUGGAUGUUCACCUGGUUGAUCGACGCGCAUGCACGCAAACUGGUAAACGAGGACAUCAGCGAUGAAUUUCGCGACGAUGUUGAAAAGGUCAUGGAAGCUUGGCUCGUCGAAGAGGAGAAAGCGACAUACCUUAAACGAGUAUUCGGUAAUGAAUUGUCGUUGUUCUUGUUGCACAAUUCUUUAGAAGUAGCUCGCGAAUUUUUAUUGAACACCUUGGACGAGUCGAGGGAACAGUGGAUCAGACUUCAUCCACUUUCCACUCAGUUAAGAAUUUCGAAUUUACAAAAAGUGCGCAUCACCAACGAUCUGAAUAAAUCUGUAAAGGUACUGAAGAGUCAAUCGGGCUCGUCGUGUGAUGACAUUUUAAGAUAUUGGAAUAAUACCAUGCCAUCGCCACAGGAUGCCCUAAUCCCAUGGGAGAAGCUGACGUCCUACAGAUUGCAUAUCAUUGAUACAUUCUUAAGUAACGCGCAGGAAAACAACGCAGAGUCCAUGGAAACCGAAAUGAAUGAGGAGAAUGAGAUUCCUAAUCGAAUGCGUGCUACUGCUUUUACCAUGAGAUUGAAAAUAAUCGAGACUGCGUUUAAUCAGAGAAACAAAUACAUAGCAGAGAAAUAUGCAAAGCAGUUGGAAAGUACAAUAAAGGAAUACGCGGUGGAUAAGCAUCACGAGUUUGAAAUGAUGUGCACGAAAAUAAAAUACUUGACGGGAAAUGUUGAAACUGAUACGGAAAAGAAAUUAUCGCGAUACGCUUCCGCUUGGUCGCGGUGCCACAGCCUAUUGCAGAAGGAAGAACUUGACGAGACUACAACUAUUAACGCUCGGCAGCAAAUCAGUGAACUGGCGUCGAAGAUCGCUCAACUGUGCGAAGAAAACGCGACGUUCGCAAGUCUCCUAAUUGAAAAUAAUGUAAUUUUAGAUAAGCUAAAUAAUGAAACUAAUGACUUAUCCGAGAUUAGAAGGGCGUUAGAAAUGUACAGCCUCGAACAUCUGAAAGCGUGCUGUGAUUUAGAAACCACGAACAUAAAGGAAUGCUAUUUAACUCUUUCAAAGUACUGUUACGACAGAUUAUCACGAACGGGUGCAAACGAUGUUCAAUUAAGUAAGCAGUUCGUCGAAUCUAUAUUGAAAGCGAUGCGCCACGGAUCACUCGAGGCGGCCCACUACUUUCCUUGUUUGCUGAAACCUGAGUAUCUCAGCGAUCAGGAAACGAAGGAUAUUUUCGUGAAAGAGAGUGAAGCCGUUCAGACCUGGCUGUUCCUCUCCUGGCAGGCGCAAUUGUUCUCCCAUUUGGGAACAUCGAUCGCUCCCUUAAUUAUACCUAUUCUCAAACGAAUCGUUGAAACGUAUCCCAACGCAGUUAUCUACACGUUUCGUUUAACGGUGGAGACGAAUCCCGCUCUUAUGAAUGAAACGAGUACGUACGACAUUCGGCAAAUUCUCUACAACAAACCAGAAAUCGAACGAUUCCUGACAGCAUUGAAGUAUGUUGUACACCCUAAAUUGUAUUUGAUACACUAUCUGUGUGAGUUUCAAAAAAAUUUAUCUCUUGGAGUGGCUACAGCCGUAAAUAUACUUACAGAAGAAGCAUUCCAAGGAAUAUCAAGGAAUAGCGGACAAGAAGUUGUACCAGGGCUUAUUUUCCGCGAAUUUUCAGCGUACGAACGAAAGAUAAAAAUGCUGGAGAAAAAAGAAACACCCGACCAAAUUAGAGCGGUACAGGAGAUGAUCAAUGGUCUAAAAAAAGCAAUUGAUAAAGAAUCAAAGUAUUCGACAAAAUUACAAGAUUAUAGUCCUUGGCUGUGUAACUUUUCCGAGAGAGACGUGGAAAUACCUGGACAGUACACUGGCUAUAGGAAGCCAAUGCCUCAGUAUCAUACGAAAAUCAUGAGAUUCGAGCCUACCGUGCAAAUGAUGCAAUCGGUACGGAAGCCUAUUCGUAUCACCAUGAUCGGCAACGACGCGAAGGAGUAUCAUUUCCUCGUAAAGUUCGGAGAAGACCUGAGGCAAGAUCAGAGAUUGGAACAGUUGUUCACCCUUAUGAAUAAAACGUUACACACCGAUGUAGCUUGCAGGCAAAGGCAAUUGUCUAUCGCUACUUAUCAGGUGAUUCCCUUGUCGAAAACUCUGGGCCUUAUACAGUGGAUAGACAAUACCAAAUCAUUGCAGGAAUUAGUGCAUUUUAUGCUGUCGGAAAAGGAAGCUAAGAAGUAUGAACCGAUAAGAGGAAUCUAUAAUAAGUGGAUACAAAGUGUUGCACCGAAUAAGAGGAUGGAAUACGAAAGAUAUAAAGAAGCCACGUUAAAGUUCAGUGCUUCGAAAGUAAUAGCUAAAAUGAACGAGCUUAUUGGUCAAACCCAGUGGGACAGUUUACGUAAAACGCUGAUGGUAUUGUGCCCGUCGGUAGAAAGCUUCGUUACGUUGCGUCGUAAUUUUGUUACCUCGUACGCUACCAUGUGCAUCGCACAUUGGGUCUUAGGGAUCGGAGAUCGACACUUGAAGAACACUCUUGUUAUCGAGUCAGGGCGCUGUUUAGGAAUAGAUUUCGGGCUAGCCUUCGAUGCCGGCGUCGACCAAAGGAUACCUGAAUUAAUGCCUUUCCGUUUAACACCUCAAAUUCUGGGCUUACUGAAGCCCUUCACAGAAAAAGAUCUAUUGGGGACGAUAAUGAUUCAUGUGCUACGAGCAUUGAGGAACGAUCAAGGACCUAUUUUGUCUUGCAUGGAUGUUUUUAUUCACGAACCGUUAAAUUGGACGGAACAGGCUAACAAAGCAUUCACAGAAAAUGACGAAGAUAUUGCAGAUAUCAAGUGGAUACCAAUGAAAAAAAUUAACAUAGUUAAGAAAAAAUUAAAUGGAAGCAAACCAUCAUUGAUCACGGUCGAUCAAUUGAAAGAACAACACAAUGAUAAGUAUUUCGAUAAGUAUCGCGUUGUAGUCAUCGGGGAUGAUGACAUUAAACGAACGAGAGCGACAAUGAAAAAUGAUUCUUUAAGCCCAGAGGAACAGGUCGAAUGCUUGUUGGAUCAAGCAACUGAUUUAAAUAUCUUAGGUCGCGUGUAUAGCGGAUGGCAACCAUGGCUUUAAUUAAAAGUAUUCGAGUAUCAUUCUAAUUUCAGUUUAAAAACAUAAAUUACUGUGAGUUUCAUUUGUAAUAGUGCUGUGCAUUCAAACGUGCUUAUCACACUUAUUUGUAUAUACGAUAUUUGUAUAUAAAGGACAGCAAUGCAGGCAUUUAUACUUAUUAGAUAUACUUGUAUAUCUUUUAUACGAUAAUGUUUAAUAAAAACAAAUAAAAAGA